AUGGGCCGCCGGCCCCUCCUCCCGGCGCCCCGGCGGGUCUGGGCCAUCGCCCUGUCGCUGGGCCUCCUGCUGGGCGCACACCUGGCCGGGGCCUGGCUCGACACACUGGGGGCCCGGUUCGGGCCGGGCCGGCCGGCGGCCGACAGCAUGGCCGCCCUGAGCACCCCCCCGCCGGAGGUGCACCUGAUGCGCUCGGCCCGGCCGCUGUCGCCCCUCGGCAGGACCCCCUUCCUGGGCAGCUACCAGACCGGCGCCGAGGCGUGGUACAUCCGCCUGCUGUCCAACUACCAGGCGGCGGUCUUCAACCAGGCGCAGGUGUUCUUCUCGCUCUUCGCCGACCAGCGAACCGGGUGCACCUUCGGCACGGCGGUCGCCAGUGUGCUUGGCGCGGCCGACAUGCCGGGGCCCUUCAACUAUCCGAUCCUGCCGGUGGCAUCGCCGGGCGCCCUGCCGGCGCUCUUUGCCUUCGACGCCCAGUCGGUGGCCCUGUCCCUGGCCUCCGGGCCGCGGAUCCAUCGGAUUGGCAGCUUCAAUUUGCUGGCGGUGUCGGCCCCGUCGGGCGCCGUGGUGCACAUGCUCAUCUGGCACCAUGGCGAUGAGCGGUUCUACGUGGGCCAGCUGGAGGACCGUGGGCUCUUCCUGUUCCAGGUGAACCUGGAUGUGCCCCUGGCGCCGGCCGGGGCCCGCGCCGCCGUCGGCCAUGGCAACACCUUCCACCUGUGGAGCGGCGGCUACUACGCGCGUGUGGUUGUGCCGCCGGUGUCGCCGCCGGCCGGGGCGGCCGUCGGCCUGCUGACUGGCCGGAUGCCCGCGGCCGAGGUGGAGGCCACCUCGGCCGGCGUGCUGGCCGGCGCCGAUGGCCCGGGCGGCCCGGGCGGCCCGGGCGGCCAGGCGGCCGGCGCGGCCCUCUUCCACUUUGUGGAUGUGGCCUCGACGCGGCUGGUGGCCGGCAGUCCCGAGGACACGAUCGCCCUCCUGGACAACGGGGUGAUGUACAUCUGCCGCGGCAGCCAUCUGGCCAAUUGCCCGGCCCCGAUGCAGGUCCCGGUCCCGGUGGCCGACCCGUCCGCCGGGAGGCUGCUCGUGCCGAGCACCCAUGAGCUCGGCCACCCGAUCAGCUGGCUGGUGCUGCGCGAGUCGCAGCCCGGCCCCCAGGCCGGGGUCUUCUGGCAGGCCACCCUGCAGCCGGAGACCGGGGCCUUUGCCUUCUGGCUGAAGAUGGUGCUCCCGGCCGGUGCCGAGGCGCCCGCGGCCCUGCGGCCGGUGGCCAUGCGCGUCAACGACCUGAACAUCGGCCGGUGGGCCCUGGCCGGGGAGUAUCUCUACCUGGACGGGCAGUCCUUCGGCUGCGGGCUGGACCCCACCAUCGUCUGCAGCACGCCGGCCGCGCCGAUGGUGGAGGCCCCCUCCAUCGGGUGGGUGUGCGCCCCCGGCAGGGUUCUCUCCUUCUUGGCCAACCAGGCGGAGUUGUGUGGUGCCUGCAUGGCGGGCUGGCGGCUUUCCGUGUCUCCGAAUGGCCAGCGCCAGUGCAUCCCCUGCGAGGUGCCCUUCUGCCAGUCGUGCGCCGCCACCGGGUGCCUCGUGUGCGAGGACGGCCACCUGCUCGAGGUUGACCCCCUGACCGGGGCCACGGCCUGUGUGACAGCCUGCCGGGAGCACUUCCAGCCGAAUGGGUCCAUCUGCCAGCCGGACGACCCGGGCCUCGGCAUGUCCGGCACCCCGCGCGUCGAGUUCCGCCAGGUCGCGCUUGCCGGCACGUCGGGCGGGGCCCCGCAGCUCGGGUAUCUGGCCGCCACGCGACUGGCCCCGGGGCCGGUGGGCAUGAGCCACGACCUCCGGGUGCCGGAGGCGCUGGCGGCCGGGCCGGCGCCGCACAUGCUGGCCCUGCCGCGGCCCGGGUCGUCCGGCCGUGCCAUGUGGCUCUCCCCGGCGGCCGACGGGUCCGGGGCCCUGGGGUCUGUCCUGCUGCCGGACACGGUCCUCGCAGGCCUCCUGAAGCGGGCCCUGGCCUAUGUGGAGUUCGAGCCCUUCACCCUGCCCAAUGGGCUGGCUGCCAUCAUGGGGGUCCUCUGCACGGAUGGCGCCAUUGCCAUCACGCGCGUCGAGUGCCUCGGCCCGGGCAGCCCCGGGGAGGGCCUCUGCGCCUCCAGCUCCAGCGUGCAUGUUCCCCUGCUCGAGAGGUGCCAUGAGCUGCGGCAGUUCGACCGGGCCACCGCCAUCACCCUCACCCCGGGCGGGCUGCUCAUGGUGUCGGCCACGCCCGAUGCCCGGCGCGUGGUGCGCAUCGACCGGACGCCCGCGCUGCCGGCGCGGUUCCCCGCCCCGGCCGGCUGGCCGGGGCUCAUGGUGCGCCCGCGGCUGGAAGACGACGCCGCCGCCGCCGCCGCCGGCUCGGUGGCCGCCUCGCUGGGCAUCGUCGACCUGGCCCGGCUGGCCGACAGCCGGUAUGAUGGCCUGAGCUCGGCCGCGUCGCGGCGGCCCCUCGGGUCCCGGCUGCCGGUCUGGCUGCCCACCCCCCGGCGGGCGGCCCACCCCGGGGGGGAGUUUGUCCUGUCCGGGGUCCGGGCCAGUGACGCCGGGCCGGCCGGCACCGGCGUGUGGGAUGUCCAGCACUUUCCCCUGGGGGCCGUGGCCCAUGGCCGGACGAUGGACCUGCCCAGCAACCAGCUGGUGCUGGCCCUGCUGCCGGCCGGCCCGCCGGCCGCCUUCCAAAUCGCGGCCAUGGAGCUGGCCGACGCCGAGCGCCCGGCGGCCCUGCUCCUGCUGACCGACCUGUAUGUCGGCAUGUCGGUCCUGCGCUGCCAGGCCGGCAGCGACCUGUGCUACCUGCAGCCGGGGCGCCUGUUCGGCCUGCCGGGCGCCAUCCAUCGGCCGGGCACGCUUGCCGUGUUCCCGGCCCCGGCCGGGCCCCCCGGCGCGCAGGCCGCCCCCGGCCCGCAGGCCAGCCUGCUGCUGCCGAUGGAGGACGCCGGGGCCCUGCAGCUGGAUGUCCUGCUGGCCGCCUGCCCCGGGGGCACCUUCGAGCCCAGCUGCCUGCCCUGCCACGAGCGCUGCCUCACCUGCACCGGGCCCGGGCCGGACCGGUGCGCGCGCUGCCGGCUGGCCAUGCGCACCGACUUGCACACCUGCCUGGACAGCUGCCCGGCCGGUCUCCAGGCCGAUUGGGCGUCCGGCCUGUGCGAGUGCCCGGCCGAGUGCGCGGCCUGCUCGCCGGGCCCGGGCCAGCCGGCCACCGGGGGCCAUGUGUGCACGGCCUGCCGGCCGGGCUUCGCCCUUUCGGCCGGCCACCCCGGCGGGGCCUGUCUCCCCUGCCACGGGGACUGCGAGCAGUGCUCGGCCCCGGGCGAGCCGGCGGCCUGCACCGUCUGCGCCCCCGGGCGCCUUGCCCACCAGGGGGCCUGUGUGCCGGCCUGCCCGGCCGGGCUGUGGCCGGACGCCGGGGCCCGGGUGUGCCGCCCCUGCCCCGGGGCCUGCACCCGGUGCACCUCGGCCACCCAGUGCCAGGCCUGCCUGGAGGGGCACUUCCGGCCGGGGGACCUGGCCGAGGCCACCUGCCAGCGGUGCGACCCGUCGUGCGCCCAGUGCGACCGGGCCGACGCCUGCCGGACAUGCUGGCGGGGGCUGGUCUUCCUGAACCCCGACCCGGGGGCCGGGUCGCUCUGCGGGGACACCUGCCCGCCGGGGGAGUUCCCCGGGCCCGGCCGGUGCACCGCGUGCGGCAGCACCUGCGACCUGUGCGCCGGCGGGCCGGACCGGUGCCAGGUGUGCGCCCCGGGGCACCGGUGGCAGGCUGGCCCGCCGGCGGCCGGUGACACGGCCGCCUGUGUGCCCUGCCCGGCCGGGUGCGCCUCCUGCUCGGCCGACGGCCGGUGCAUGGCCUGCGCCGGGGGGCUGGUCCUCACGGCGGCCGGUGGCUGCGCGGAGGCCUGCCCGGCCGGGCACUUUGCCGACGCCGGCGAGUCCUGCCAGCCGUGCGACCCGAGCUGCGCCGCCUGCUCCGGGCCCGGGCCCGGGCACUGUACCGGCUGCGCCCCGGGGCUGGACAUGGUCGCCGAGGCUGCCGGCCUGUUCUCCUGCGCGUCCGGCUGCCCGGCGGGCCGGUACCGGGACACGGUGUCCGGCUCCUGCGAGGCGUGCGACCCGGCCUGCGCCGCCUGCAACGGCCCCUCGGACCGGGACUGCUGGCGGUGCACCGGCGGCCUGCUGCAAGAUGGCGCCUCUGUGCAGCAGUGCGCCGGGCGCCAUGUUGCCACCUCCGGCCGGUGCCUCCCCUGCCACGCGUCGUGCGCUGCCUGCGCCGGGACCCGGAGCACCGACUGCGUCGGCUGCCUGGCCGGGCUGCUUCCCCUGCCGGCCGGGGCCAGCCCCAUGCGCUGUGUUCCCGGCUGCCCGGUGGGGUACCGGACUUCCGGGGCCGGCUGCGCGUCGUGCGGCGGCCACUGUGCCUCCUGCUCGGCCGCCGCGUGCUCCCUUUGCGACCGGGGCUGGCUCCUCGGCGGGCCCGGCUCCCCGGACCCCUGCGUGCAAACCUGCCCCCCGGGCUCCAUGCCCUCGGGCAGCUCGUGCAACGGCUGCCACGGCACCUGCAUGAUGUGCUUCGGCCCGGCGGCCGACCAGUGCCUGUCCUGCCGGGCCGAGGCCCCGGUCUUGCUCAAUGGCGCCUGCUUGGCUGCCUGCCCGGGCGGGACCUUCGAGUCUGGGCCGACCUGCCUGCCCUGCCAUGCGACGUGCGGCGCCUGCACCGGCCCCACGCGGCACGACUGCACGGCCUGCCCGGAGGGGCGGCUCCUGCUGGGGACCGAGUGCGUGGCCAGCUGCCCGGCCGGGCACUACGCCACCGCGGCCGGGGUGUGCACCCCCUGCCAUGUGUCCUGUGGCAGCUGCUCCGGGCCCUCGGCCGCCGAGUGCACCGGGUGCGCCCCUCCGGGCCUCCUGCACCGGGGCGCCUGCGUCGCCUCCUGCCCGGGGGGGCUUCUCGCCUGCCAGCCGACCGGCGCCUGCGAGGCCUGCCCGGCCGGGUGCGCCUCCUGCGUCGCGACCACAGGCUCGGCCUCCGGCUGUCUGUCCAGCUGCACCGCCUGCGAGACGGGCUUCGCGCUGCUGCCCUCGACCGGCCGGUGCGUGGACGGCUGCCCGGAGGGCCAGUUCUCCGACGGUGCGGUGUGCCGGGCCUGCGACCCGGAGUGCGGGACCUGCUCCGGGCCGGCGACCUUCUGCACGUCGUGCGACCGGGGCUUCCUGCGGGUGGACCUCGGCGAGUGUGUGUCCGCCUGCCCGGCGGAGGGCUUCGCCCCGGCGCCAGCACCCAGCCCGGUGUGUCUGGCCUGCGGGCCGGGGUGCCGGCGGUGUGCGGCCGGCCCGGGGCAGGGCGCGUGCGAGCGCACCGGCGACGGCCGGGUGCAGUGCCCGGCGGCCGAGCGGUGCGAACUGUGCGCGCACGAUCGGCUGCUGCAUGGGGCCGGGUGCGUGGGCGAGUGCCCGGACGGGCUCUUCGCCGACUGGGAGGCCGCCACUCCGGGCUGUCGGCCCUGCCAUGCUGGCUGCUCUGCGUGCGUCGGGCCUGAGAAGGCCGACUGCAUCGACAGCCCGUCGCCCAGGGAGGCUCUCGCCCUUGGCCUGGGCGUCGGGCUAGGCCUGCUCGCGCUUUUGCUCCUGGUGCUGGCUAUGGUGGUGCUCUGCCUGCGCCUUCGCCGCACUCGCCAGGGCGCCCGGAAGCCGCCCCCUGAUGACGCAGACGCCACCGUGCUCAACACCAUGGUCGAGCUGUCGCUCCCCGGGAGCAUCCUGGUGAGCAUCACGAAUGACUUCGCCCCGCUGGACGAGCAGCUGGGCGCCGGGACCCAGGCGUCGGUCUACGCGGCACACGCCGUCGGGGCCGGCAUCUCCGACCGGCUGGGCUGCCCGGCCACGGUGGCCAUCAAGCAGCUGCGGGCCGAGCGGCUGAAGCCCACGCAGGUGGUCCUCUUCCAGAAUGAGGUGGCCCUGAUGUGGCUGCUGCGCGACGCGCCGAACGUCGUCCGGCUGUACGGCUACAGCGACCAGCCGCCGGCCAUCGUGAUGGAGCGCUUCGAUACGGACCUGGCCACGCUGUUGCACUCGGAGGUGCCGCUUGGGCAGGCGGCCCUGCUGGACAUCUGCCAGCAGUGGGCCUCCGGGUUGGAGGCCAUGCACGCGCAGGGGAUCGCCCAUUGCGACCUGAAGCCGGGCAAUGUGUUUGUGAGCCGGCGCCCGGAUGGCUCCUGGACGGCGGCCCUCGGGGACCUGGGCACCUCGCGCAACCUCCACACCGACCGGUCGUCCACCCUGGUGACCGAGCCGCCGGAGCUGAACGCCAUGACCGCGCGGUACGCCGCGCCCGAAGUGCUGUCGGCCUUCCAGCGCCGGCGCCCGCUGGACCGGGACCUCUACAUGCCGGCGGACAUCUACAGCGCGACCAUCAUGCUGUGGGAGUGCCUCACCCGGACCGUCCCCUGGGACGGCAUGGACUUUGAGCGGAUUUCGGCCGGGGUGCUGGCCGGCGCCCGGCCGGACGCAGCCGCCGCCGCCGCCCCCGGGCCGCUGGCCGAUCUGCUGCCGCUGGGGUGGGACUCGAACCCGCCGAGCCGGCCGCUGGCCGCCUCCUUCCGGCAAAAGUGCGCCAUGGCCGCCGCAACGCUCCUCCACUGA